AUGGACCGACGAGCACAAUCCUGGAUGCCAGCUCAAAAUUGUCAGAAAGACGAAUAUCCUCCAGCGGCCUUCUGGUGGGAUCGCGACGAGGACGACGUGCUCAUUCGACUGCUACCUGGACUACAGAACGGUGGCGCUGGUAACAGUCUGUUUGGUAAUCAGGCUUUCAUUUGUGGCUAUGACAACAAGAACGGUCUCUCGCCCAGAUCGACGAGGAAUCUGAGGUCUGAUCGUGAGGUAGUCAAUGCAAACCGGAGGACCGUCAUCGAGACCAUGGACCUCACGAUCACCUUGAGCACCCUGGAACUUGGCUUCCUUGGAACGGCGGCAUAUCCAGACUAUGGAAUAGUUCAAAACCCAUGCUGGCCUUCGACAGUUGUGAAUGACCCGGGAUUUGCACUGCUGACAGGCGACCCAUGGUAUAUCCAUAACCCACAAUACGCCGGCUCGACGCACCUCUACGAGGACGAUCCUCCAGUAGCUGCGACCCAAGGCAAGUACCGAGCUGGGUACCAAAAGCGCGAUGCAGACAUCAUCUCGCAGUACGGGCAUGCUGCCUCCAGCCAAGGAAUCCCUGCCAGCGCGAAGCCGUUUCGCCCUGAGAGUAUCCUACUUGAUGACGGCAACAGCACUCGUCGUGCGACCGAGGACGAUUUGGCAGAGCACUUCAAUCUCCGUAGGUGCACGACUCCAGACUGCCGUGAGGAGAUUGCGCAGCACGAUGUGGAAGCUGUACUCCUUGAUCCCAGUUUUGCCAUGCCAGGGGCCGGCGAUGCAACCAGCAGCUUCACCGCAACCGCAGAUGCCGGCGCACGGGAUACUGGAAGCAUUGUAACGGCAGUGGAAGAGACGAUUGCUGUCCCUACUCCAGCUGCAGUUGGCAAAGGUGCAGCACGUCUGACUCCUUCGCUUCCUGCGCCGACCAGGAAGUGA